AUGUCCGCCCCUCCGCCGCGCGAAAAGGCCAUCACAGAAGACGAAGCCAAACUCUAUGACCGCCAGCUCCGGCUCUGGGGCGCCGCAGCCCAGGCUCGCAUGCUUGCUUCGCGCGUGUUGGUUGCGGGCAGGUUCAGGGGCAUUGCGGUCGAUGCGGUCAAGAAUGUCGUGUUGGCGGGUGUUGGACAGUUGACGCUGCUGGAUGGGGAAGACCUGCUAGAGGAGGACCUCGGCUCAAACUACUUUGCGAGGGAGGACGAGGUCGGCAAGAAGCGCGUCGAAGUCUCUGCACCACGGGUACAAGCGCUCAACCCGCGCGUGACCGUCUCGACCGAAACCGACCCGUCCCUCCUCUUCCAAGAACCCUUCCUCGACCAGUUCGACCUCGUCGUCGUCACCGACGUCGAUGCGCCGACUGUGCUCAAGGUCAACGACCUCACGCGCAAGCUCGGCAAGAAGUUCUUUGCGGCCGGGAGCGUCGGCAUCGACGGGUGGAUGUUUGCAGACUUGCUCGAGCACGAGCUUGUCGUCGACAAGAUCAAAACCGUCUCGCAAGGCGAAACGACCACCGUCCCGACCAAGUCGACCGUCUCCUACGUCCCGUUCUCGCUCGCUCUCGAACACAACUUUGCGAGUAUGCGCAAGAGGGAGAUGAAGCGCAGCGGGGCGGUCUUGUGGGGCGUUUUGGCCCUCUUUGCAGCGCAACGAGCUGUCUCCCCCUCUCCCUCCACUCCAAGCUACACCACCGUCUCUGAAUCCGAGCUCUCCUCCGCCGCUCAGUCGCUUCUCCCUAAGAUCGGCGUCUCGGCGGACGUGCUUCCUUCGUCCGAGAUCUCCCGCCUCGCCACUCUGCAAUCCACCGAAUUCCCCCCAACAGCCGCCAUAAUCGGCGGGAUCCUCGGCCAGGAUAUCCUCAAUGCCGUAGGAGGGAAGGAGGAACCGGUGAGGAACUUGUUUGUGUUUGAGGGAGGUGGGGGGCAGGGGAAAGUUUGGGCUUUGGGGGUUUAG